CUCAUCCAGUAAGGAAAGAAAUGGGGGAGGUUGUAAUCUCUCUCUCUCUAAAGGGAUAGGGCCGCUGGGGGGUGGACAGUGAUCUGAUUGUGCCCUGGGUGUGCCUUCGGGGUUCCCAUCACUGCAUGCUGUCCAACAUGGUCUGGAUGUGGGGAUCUGGCCUCCUAAAGCACCUGCCUGGGAGGGAUGGUGGUGGGGCCACUUUUCCAGAGAAAGAAUGCUCUGUGGGUGUGUCUGCAUGGCCCAACACACAUCCUAUCCCGCCUUUAGCUUCUGUGGGAGGCAGGGCAAAUAUCUUGAGUAAUGAUUGGUUUCUGGUAGAAACUUACUAUUAGAAGGGUAGGGAUGCUGCUAACCACUCCCUACCGUGAGAGGAUGGGUCCUGAGGCCACAGCGGCUCCUGGAUAGGGCAUGGGCUGGUGUGACAGAAAUGCCAGAUAGCCAGCUAGUGUCUGUGGAGGCAACAGGCCUGUCAUCUCUCUCAGAACUGUGCUCCCAGGUGUCUCUAGAACAGCAGUCCCUUCCUGUCCUCGGAUGCUCAUGGUGUCAGAGUUGCCCUGGCUGUGGUCAGUGGCUUUGGAUUUGGAGGAUGGGUCCCUUUCCGUUGGUGUGACUAGACUUGGGGGGGUCCUCUCAGAGAUGGUGAUGCAGGGCUCCCUGGCCCUCAAAGGGACUGUGAUGUCAAAAGGUCAUGGGUAGGGAGUGAGGAUGCGAAGACCUGCCCACUUGGGACCCCGCCCCCCCCAGGCUUCCCAGCAGAAGGGGUAGGUUAGAGGCUUCAUGGCCUCUGCAGUCUUGGAAGUGCCAAAGGCUGUUGUUGCUGGCAUCAGGGGGCCCUUGGAGGGAGAGGGAGGAAGGUGAGCAGGGCAUACCCAGAUGCCCAACACACCAGCCUUGGGUGUUAGGCUUUCUGAAGUCCUAAAAGAUUCAGAUUAGCCUAAGAAAAAAAGUUCAGGAAGUAGGAUUUGCAAAUACAAAAGGCAGUAAGCAGGGGCUGGUGAGUUCUGGUUUUGUCCCAGCCACCACUAACCAGAAGGUUAAAAGCAGGUGGAAAUUGGUGGCUCUUCCAAGGGAGGAAACAAGGUCCCACCACUAGAAACAGGUGCUGUGGGGAGGACACGAGGGGCUCCGAGAGAAAAGGAGCCUGCCUGGAAAUGGUGACUAGGGGGAAUAGAUUAUAGUGGAAAUUUCCCCGGCUUGGAACAGGGCCUGAAUCUGCAACUCGAGGGCUAGUGGAGUGCCAAGGGGGGUUGCUUUAAAGAAACAGGCACACCCUUGGCAUCCUCUGGCAACAUUCCUAAAACCCACAUGUAAAAUCUCCAAGGUGUCCUGACAGAACAGUGAGGGGAGGGUUAGCAGUAGUAGCUUCUCACCUGCAGUACUGGGUGUCACCCAGCAGACGCCAAGAUGAGAGGAGCUGUGGGAAAGUGGCAGUGAUGGGGCUCAGGGGUGGGUGAGGGCUCAGGGCUGUCCCCCUUUUUCCUCUGUAAAGACUGGAGUGUUACUAGAAAGUGUCUUACUAAACUGAAAGUGCUGAACGCUAAGAGCAGAUCACAGGAAAGCCAGACAUGGUAGCACACUUGCGGGGACAGACUGAUCUCUGAGAGUCUGAAGCCAGCCUGGUCCAGAUAGGGAGACCCAGGGCAGCCAGGGUCACACAGUGAGACCCUGUCUCACAAAGAAAACAAACAAUGGUUUGGCUUGUUUGAUUUAUUUGUUUGUUUGUUUGUUUGUUUGUUUUGGACAGAAGCAUGAAACACAGUGGACAUUAUGGAAGGAUGCAAGGCACAGUUUGGGAGCAGAUGUCGCCCUUUAGUGUCUCCUGGCAGGAUCUGUGGCCAUCCCUGACAGGACCAGGAGAGAUGAGUAGUUAGGACCCAGUCCUGGAGCAUGGCGAGAGCUGCAGUUGCAUCACUUACUGGCCAUGUCCCAUAGAUGUACUGCUGUUGGCUUCUCCGUUCUGGUUUCCUCAUGUGUAGAAUGAGUUCAUCGCUUCUGGAGUGGGAGAGUUAGGAUCGGUGUGGCAGGUGUGCUUGUGGGACACCCUUUUGACACAGUCAAGGUGCGGCUGCAGGUACAGAACACGGAGAAGCCCCAGUACCGAGGGACACUGCACUGCUUCCAGUCCAUCGUCAAGCAGGAGAGUGUGCUGGGCCUGUAUAAAGGUCUGGGCUCACCACUAAUGGGGCUCACCUUUAUCAAUGCACUGGUGUUUGGGGUGCAAGGCAACACCCUUAGGGCCUUGGGCCAGGACUCACCACUCAAUCAGUUCCUAGCUGGUGCGGCAGCAGGCGCCAUUCAGUGUGUCAUCUGUUGCCCCAUGGAACUGGCCAAGACAAGGCUACAGCUGCAAGAUGUGGGCCCUGCCCGAACCUACAAGGGCUCCCUGGACUGCCUGGUGCAGAUUUACCGGCACGAGGGCCUGCGUGGCAUCAACCGAGGCAUGGUGUCCACGCUUCUGCGCGAGACACCCAGCUUUGGCGUCUACUUCCUCACCUACGACGUACUGACGCGCGGCAUGGGCUGCGAGCCCGAUGACCGCCUGCUGGUGCCCAAGCUGCUGCUGGCGGGGGGCACAUCGGGCAUCACAUCCUGGCUCUCCACCUAUCCCAUGGACGUGGUUAAGUCACGGCUACAAGCCGACGGGCUGCAAGGAGCCCCUCGCUACCGCGGCAUCCUCGACUGCAUGCGGCAGAGCUACCAGGCUGAGGGCUGGCGCGUCUUCACGCGAGGGCUGGCCUCCACGCUGUUACGCGCUUUCCCGGUCAAUGCUGCCACCUUCGCCACAGUCACUGUGGUGCUCACGUACACCCGGGGCGAGGAGGCGGUCCAACUAGACAGCGAGGCAGUUCCGGGCACCUCUGCCACCCCUGCUGGGCCUGCUCUGGCCCAGCCUUCCAGUCUGUGAUGCUGCCUAACUUCCCCAGAGCCACUUGGCUGAAACCUGACACAGAUAAUGUGGCUUCUCAGCCAGUCUCUCUGCUCCUAGGCUGGUGACAGCAGCCAGGCUAUACCCCGCCGACCUCCUGUUUUCUCAGCUGUAAAAUGGAGACUCUUCCUCAUGCAUGGUAUAUUUGGGAAGGUCAAGCCUGGCUAAGUUGACACUCUGCAGACAGCACUGCCAGUGACAAUCUCCCAAGACCUACACUCCAGGGCUCUCUCCUGAGCCAACCGUUAACAGGCUGGUCAAGGACCCACCCAUUUCCCAAAUCCCCAUCCACAGUCCCAGGAAGAAUUGGCCACCUCUUACCAUUAGGGGCAGAGGCCAGUGUAGAGUGUGCCUGGCACUUCUCAGCUGCUGCCCUUGAACUGCAUAUGGGGGCUAGGGCCCUGGCACCGAGCCUGUUGAGGAUCCUGCCUGUGCAGAGCCUGCUUGGGAAGCUGAUAGGCCACUGGCCUCAGUGUCUCCACAAUGAAAUUGUGUGACAGCUGUGGCAAGAGGCAGUCUUCUCAUCCCUGGGCCUCUAGCUACCUGCCUGUAAAAUGGGGACCUGGGUGAGCAGACGACUGGCUCACUACUGCCAGUCAGGAUUCCCAAUGAUGGGUAGGCAGAGGGACCAGGAGAACACAGUGUGGGAUUGUUCCCCUUCCCAGUAAAUAUCUUUGUGGGCAUUCUCAGUGCCUGUGCCUCUGGUCUUGGCACCAGGUACAGUGUAGCCUGUUUGGGCCCACCUGUG